AAACUAAUUUCAUUAGAAGGACAACAACAAAGAAUCCAACCAACUGGCUACGAAAAUCAGAAAAAACCCCCAAAAAUUUCUGUCUGAUGUGCAAUGAGUCGCUACACGAAUCUCCCGAGUCCCGUAACGGAGUUGUCGAGUCGUGCAGAAACCUCAAAACUCUCGCACGAGCUAAUUUCCGAAUGUAAAAGUGCAACUUCGCUCAUCAAAAAAUCACUGCGGGACCGUUUGGAGAGUUUGAGUCGCGAAACCCGUCGUCUGAUCGUGAGUUACACAAAAGAUGGAUGCGCCCCGCUGUUUAUCGCCUGCAAACGCGGAAAUGUCGAACUUGUGGAGUAUUUGAGUACCGUUUGUGAUGCGCCCUUGGAGCAGCGCGGAUUGUACGAAGUGAGCGAAGAUCGGAGCAAACAUACGGUGACGCCGCUUUGGUGUUCGAGUGUCGCGGGAAAUUUGCCAGUUGUCAAGUGUCUCGUCAGACUGGGAGCGAAUAUCAAUGCUUUGUCCGAUACGGGCUCGACUCCCGUGCGCAGCGCUUGUUUCAUGACCAAUAUCGAUAUUGUCAAGUUUUUGUGCGAAAAUGGCGCGGAUAUUCGGCGCCCCAACCAAAAUGGCGGCACGUGUUUGAUAAAUUCCGUGCAAAGUGUCGAGCUGUGUUCGUAUCUCAUCUCGAAGGGAGUCGACGUGAAUGCCAAAGAUAUUCAGCAUAAAACUGCCCUUCAUUACGCGAUUCAAGAACAUCGCUUGGAAACGGUGCAGCUGCUGCUGGAAAAUGGCGCAGAUCCCUUUGCCAAGUCCCGUUAUGGCGACGAUGCGCUGCAAACGAGCUGCCUGAAAGGAGCUCACAACAUUUUCGAUUACCUCAAAUCGCGGAUCGAGUACCCGUUGGAUCGGUUGGCGUCGGCGCACGAACUCAUCGGCAGCACAUUCCUCGAUGAACACAACGAAACGCGUGUUUGCAUCCUCCAUUGGCGCCUGGCUUACCACAUUCGGCAUCAAAAUGUGACAAAUUCACGUGUGGAAAAGUUGCCACGGAUCCCAAAGAGACCCGCGUACCUCAUGCAAGAGGAAUUCACGACGCUGGACGAGUUGGAAGAGCUCGCGACAGAUGUCGAUGCGAUGCGGAUCCAAAGUUUGAUGAUUUGCGAACGAAUUUUGGGCAUUCAGCACAAAGACACACUUUUCCGGUUGAUGUUUCGGGGCGCCUCGUAUGCCGAUAGUCUCCAAUUUCAGCGAUGCAUCGACCUGUGGCUGCUAGUUUUGGAAGUUCGCGUCGAAAAAUACACAAUUUUGUAUUCGGACACUUGUUUUACGGCUCAGGCGAUUGUCCGGCUCAUGCUGGAUUUGAUCGAUCGUAAUUUGGAAGUCGUCCCGCAUGACAUGAACCUUCCCCGCUUCACCGAUGUCUAUAAUAUGUUCGUUCUGCUGACCCGAGAUAUCGAACAAGCGAAGAAUUUACUCCAAAUUCGACCGAUUUACAAGAAACAACAAGAAAAUUUCGACAGAAUUUUAAAAUGUCUCACGCAUUUGCUGUAUUUGUUGCUUCAAACAGCCCAAACGGACGAAGAAAAGGAAGCUGUUCACAAAAGUGUCGCUAAAAUCGUUAAAAAUACUCGUAGUUCGUGCGAUGACACGCUCCUGCAUUUGGUAGUGUCCCGUUUGAAUGUCAUCAAAAGUGCUUAUUUCACCGACGAACCACAUCUGAGGUCAAUUUUCCCAAAUAUCGAUGUUGUUCCUCUUUUGCGAUGCGGCGCCGAAGUAAAUGCCACAAACAAGUCCAAAUCAACCCCCUUGCUAAUCGCAUGUGCUCCGUAUAACUUUGACGUGGAGCUAAUUCAAACGAUUCUCGAUUCCGGAGGACAUAUUGACUGCCCGAAUUGCCCGAGUCACGAAGAGAAGCCCGUGACGCCGCUGCAAUAUAUCAGAACAAAUCCAAAUAAUCAGAUAAACUUUUUGAACUAUUUGUCGCUCAAGUGUUUGUCCGCUACAAUCAUCGCCAAGUUCAAAAUCCCGUAUAAAAAUCAAAUUCCGAGGUCGUUGGAGGCGUUUGUGAAGUUGCAUGAACCGUGAGAAAAAGA